CUCGAUGAAAGCGAAAGUAAACGUGGGGACAUGGAAUGUCCGCACGAUGUUUGAACCCAGUAAGGCAGCCCAGAUUGCAAAGGAGAUGAGAAGGUAUAACAUCGAAGUGCUUGGGAUUUGCGAAAGCAGAUGGGAUGGGAGUGGACUCUCCAAACUGUCAACUGGAGAAUCAAUAAUCUACUCCGGUCACCCAGACGACAACCACGAGCACACUGAGUUAUGGAGUGGCUAUCAUGAUGUCCUCAAGAGCAUCGAAGGCUCUCAUGCAGUGGGAACCAAUCUCCUCCAGGAUCAUGACAUUGAGAUUCAACUCAAAAGGAAGAAAGGUCACAAUCAUACAAUGUUAUGCACCUACAAAUAAUGCAGAGCAAGAGAAAAAGGAGGAAUUCUACAGACAACUUCAAUCAACACUGGACAAGACUCCACUCCAGUUGGCGAUAUCAAAAUUCUAAUGCGUGGGGCGACAUGAAUGCCAAACUGGGAGGGGACAACACAGGAAGAGAACUAACCAUGGGUCGAGAGGCGCUAGGUGAAAUGAAUGAGAAUGGAGAAUUGUUUGCAGAAUUCUGUGCAUUCAACGAUUUGGUGAUUGGAGGCAGUGUGUUCAGGCACAAAGAUAUCCACAAAGCGACAUGGAUUUCACCAGAUGGACACACUAAAAAUCAAAUCGACUUUAUCUCAAUCUCAAGAAAAUGGAGACGCAGCCAGCCUACUGGACACAAGGUCAAGAAGAGGAGCAGAUGUAGGUUCACAUCACUCACUAUCUAGUGCAAGGAACCUACCUUGCAAAUCAAGUUAAAAGCCUUCAAGGAAGCUGGUGAUAGACCUCAAUUCAAGUACAACACUCGGAAACUGAAGGGUGAAACUACAAAGGAGAUCUUCACGGCAGCCAUCAAGACAAAAUGGGACACAUCGAGCAACAUCCCUGAAGAAACCUGUGUGGAAGAACACUGGAAGUCUUUGAAAGCUAUGUGGAAAGAAACCUGCACAACAGUAUUAGGAAGGAAGAAGAAAGAAGACGGGACAAGGAAUGGAUCUCGACGGAUACCUAGAAGCUGAUAGAGGAGAGGAGGAUGGUGAAGCAGAAUAUAAACCAGUGCAAGGAUGCUCAACGACAAGAGGAACUGAGCACAAUGUAUAAAGCACUGGACAAAGAAGUAAAGAAGCGUGCACGCAAAGACAAAAGACACUUCUACGAAACACUGGCAAGUGAAGCAGAACAGGCUGCAGGUAAGAGAGACCUGACGACAUUGUAUCAAAUAACCAGGUUGCUAUCAGGGAAGAGACCAACACAGAUGAAACCAAUAAAAGACGAAGAAGGAAAUUUAAUUACAAAAGAAGAGAAACAGAGGAAACGAUGGGCCGACCACUUCAAGAAGCUCUUGAAUCGACCACCACCUGCACUUCGUCCAGAAAUACCACCUGCAGCCGCUGAAUUACAAGUGAACAUAAAUCCCCCAACGAAAAUGGAAGUCGUGAACGCCAUAAAGCUACUGAAAUGCGGGAAAGCAGCAGGACCAGAUGGGAUCCCGCCAGAAGCACUGAGAACAGAUGCAGAGACAACAGCGGCCAUGCUCACACCACUAUUGCAGAAGGUGUGGAAGGAAGAGAAGGUACCUGACGAUUGGAAGAAGGGUUACCUUGUCAAACUGCCGAAGAAGGGAGACCUCAGUGCUUGCAAGAACUGGCGCGGAAUCACUCUCCUGUCCACCCCAAGUAAAAUAUUAAGCCGCAUCAUCCUGGAGAGGCUUAAAGACGCACUGGAUUCAAAACUGCGACCGGAACAGGCAGGCUUCAGGAAGUACAAAUCAUGUGCAGACCAAAUUGCAACGCUUCGUAUCAUCAUAGAACAGAGCAUAGAAUGGCAAUCAGCUCUCUACCUCAACUUCAUCGACUUUGAGAAGGCCUUUGACAGCGUCGACCGAGAGGUAAUUUGGAAACUGCCUCAAUACUACGGAGUACCACAAACCUUUAUCCGCCUCAUUCAACAACUAUAUGAAGAUGCCACGUACCAGCCAAGUAAUUCACAAUGGGAAGCUCAGUGAUGCUUUUGAAGUGAAGACAGGAGUGAAACAAGGUUGCCUACUAUCCCCCAUGAUAUUCUUGAUUGUGGUGGACUGGAUCAUGCAGCAAACAG